UAUCUGCAGAUUGCCAUUCUUCUUUUCGUCGGCUUGACCAGUUUGUUGGCGCUGGGUUCGAGACACUCCUUCAUCGAAGCCUUUGGUCAAAGCAGCACGCUCUUUGGCUUUGUGGCUUUGGGCCUUUACUCAAGUCUGUUGAGCUACAGACUCGUUUGGCAUCCGCUGCGACGAUUCCCGGGCCCCCUGGGAGCCGAGGUCUCCAGCUUGUGGUUUUCACUCCAAGUCACCUAUUUCGACGCCCACAGGAAAGCCCUCGAGCUGUACGAGACUUAUGGGUCUUUUGUCCGGGUCGGAUCUUCGGACUUGAUGAUAGUUCAUCCCUCGGGCGUACCAGCAAUCCACGGACCUCAGAGCAGAUGUCGCAAAGCGUCGUGGUACGACGAAGACUGGCCGCGACAAUCCAUCCACACGAGUCGGAAUCAUCAGUUCCAUGCAGACAGGCGACGCAUAUGGAGUCAGUCUUUCAGUGACAAGGCUUUAAGAGGUUACGAAAGCCGUAUCGCAGUCUACAACAAGGCACUCAUGCAACGGUUGGGCGAACAUGGUGGACAGCCGGUCAACGCUGCCAAAUGGUUCAAUUAUUACAGCUACGAUGUCAUGGGUGACUUGGCAUUCGACAAGGACUUUGGCAUGCUGAAGACUGGUGAGCAGCACUUUGCCGUUCAGUUGCUCGACGAUGCAAUGGCCGUACAAGGACUCAAGUUGCCGACGUGGAUGUUCCGCAUGCUUAUCGCUAUACCUGGCUUGACGAAAAAGUAUUGGCAGUUCAUACAAUACUGUGACGAACAACUGGCAGCCAAGAUGGCUGGGCAAAAGUCCGACCAACCGAAUAUCAUGAGCGUAUUGUUGGCGCACGCAGGUCCUCAGCCCUCGAAGCCGGAUGCCUUGACUCUUCAAAGCGACUCGAGGACAAUCAUCGUGGCAGGGAGCGACACCACAGCAGCGACCCUGUCGCAUGUGUUCUACCUGCUGGCGAAACACCCACACCACAUCGCCAAGUUGCGUCAAGAACUACUCCCACUCAUGAGUGGAGAUGGCACUUUCGGACACCGCAGUAUUUAUCAGGCGACUCAUCUCAAUGCCAUCAUCAAUGAAACAUUGCGUCUAUACCCGGUCCCACCCACGGCAGUAGUACGCAAGACACCUCCCGAAGGCAUUUUCGUGGACUCGACCUACAUUCCUGGCAACAUGAACGUUUGGACGCCACAAUAUGUCAUUGGCCGCAAUGAAGACGCAUAUGAAAGCCCCCAUGAUUUUGUGCCCGAGAGGUGGUAUUCCAAGCCUUCCAUGAUCAAGACCAGCGCCGGAUAUGCCCCUUUUGCCAUUGGUCCCUAUGGCUGUAUCGGACGACCCCUUGCUCUGAUGCAGAUUCGUCUUGUUGUCGCUGAUGCGGUGACUAGAUUUGACAUUGCAUUUCCUACUGGCAAGGAUGGGUCUGAAUUCAUUGAAAACACCAAGGAUCGAUUUACUUGGGGGUUGGCUGAGCUGUCUAUAUGUUUUUCACAAGCGUAA